AUGGCUUCUUUUUUCCUGGCCCUCCUUUCCUCUGCAACUUCAGCCUUUUCUUUUUCUUUUGCGACAGUCUGUGACAUUAGUUGGCUCCAACUGCUUGUUUCGAUCAAGAGCUUAGAAGAACGAAUGAAAUCUGUAGAAAUAACUGAAUCAUUCUAUGGGUUUGAUGCUAGUGAGUUGAGUUUGGUUCCAGACCUAAUCCUCCCUAUCAAGUUUAAAGCUCCCGAAUUUGAUAAAUAUAAUGGUACUACAUGCCCUUCAUCCCACAUUACUAUGUUUUGUCGAAGAAUGGCAGGGUAUGUGAAAGACGAAAAAUUGUUAAUUCACUGCUUCCAGGAUAGUUUGACAGGACCGGCUUUAAAAUGGUAUACUCAAUUGACCAAAGCCAACAUUAGAUCUUGGAAAGAUUUGGCUAAAGCAUUUUUAGAGCAGUACCGCCAUGUGACAGACAUGGUCCCUGAUAGAUGGACUCUCCAAAAUUUGGAGAAAAAGAAUAAUGAAACAUUCAGACAGUAUGCCCAGAGAUGGCGUGACACUGCGGCCCAAGUUCAACCACCUUUGUCAGAAAAAGAGGCCACAGUGAUGUUUGUCCAUACAUUGAAGGCUCCUUAUUUAAACCAUUUAAUGGGGAAUGCAACCAGAAAUUUUGCAGAUUUGGUCAUUUCUGGAGAAUUAAUUGAAAAUGUCUUGAAAAGUGGCAAGAUUGAAUCAAAUGAUGGGUCUAGUUCCAAAUUUUUGAAAUUCCUGAAACAUAGUGAGUAUAGUGUGGUUGAACAACUACACAAACAACAAGCGAGAAUUUCUAUUCUUGAUCUCUUGAUGAAUUCAGAAGCACAUAGAAAUGCUUUGAUGAAAAUCCUCAAUCAAACAUUUAUCCCCGAAGAUAUAUCCCUCAAUAAACUUGACAGAAUUGUGGGACAUAUAGCCGCUGACAAUUACAUAACUUUCACAGAUGAUGAAAUACCAGAAGGUGGAAUGGGGUCAGUAAAAGCUUUGAACAUCACGACACAUUGUCAUGGUCAUGUGUUGCCAGGAGUAUUGAUUGACAAUGGAUCCGCUCUCAAUUUGAUGCCUCUAGUUACACUUCAAAGAAUGCCUCUGGAUCAAUCACACAUGAAGAGUUAUCAGAAUGUGGUACGAGCAUUUGAUGGUACUCAAAAAGAAGUGCUUGGGAAAAUGGAAAUACCUUUGUUAAUUGGCCCAGUCGUGUACAAUAUUGACUUUGUGGUAAUGGACAUCCACCCCACAUAUAAUUGUCUAUUAGGGAGGCCAUGGAUUCAUUCAGCAGGAGCCGUUCCUUCUUCAUUACAUCAAAAAUUGAAAUUUGUUGUGGAUGGACAAUUAAUAUGCGUCAGUGCUGAAGAAGAAGAUGUUCCUACUGAAUUAUUAAGAUUGGUAGAAAAAGAGGACAAACAAAUUCUACCACACAAAGAAGAGGUUGAGACUGUGAAUUUGGGAACAGAUGAAGAAAUAAAAGAGGUGAAAAUUGGUACCACUCUGACAGUCCAGAUAAAACAAGAAUUGAUAAAUCUCCUUCAAGAGUUCAAAGAUAUAUUUGCCUGGUCCUAUCAAGAUAUGCCUGGUUUGAGCACAGAUAUAGUGAUACACAAGCUUCCAAUCAAUCCAGAAUAUAAACCGGUUCAACAAAAGCUCAGAAGAAUGAGGCCAGAAAUGUUGUUGCAAAUCAAAGAAGAAGUAAUGAAACAAAUCAAUGCAGGUUUCCUACAAGCAUCUAAAUACCCAGAAUGGGUAGCCAACAUUGUUCCCGUACCAAAGAAGAAUGGAAAAGUUCGAAUGUGUGUGGAUUACAGAGAUCUCAACAAAGCUAGUCCAAAAGAUAGUUUUCCAUUACCCCACAUAGACACAUUGGUGGACAAUACUGCAGGACAUGCAUGGUUUUCAUUUAUGGAUGGAUUUUCAGGAUAUAAUCAGAUAAAAAUGAAUCCUGAAGACAUGGAGAAAACAACAUUUAUAACCAUGUGGGGCACAUUCUGUUAUAAAGUGAUGCCAUUUGGAUUGAAAAAUGCAGGGGCAACAUAUCAAAGAGCCAUGGUAACUUUGUUUCAUGACAUGAUGCAUAAAGAGAUUGAAGUAUAUGUAGAUGACAUGAUUGCCAAAUCCAGAACGGAAGAAGAACAUAUUCAAAAUCUGAGGAAGCUUUUCCAGAGAUUGAGGAAAUAUCAAUUAAAGCUCAACCCCGCAAAAUGCACUUUUGGGGUAACUUCUGGGAAACUUUUGGGAUUUGUGGUCAGCAAAAAAGGAAUCGAGAUUGAUCCAGAUAAAGUCAAAGCAAUUCAAGAUCUUCCACCACCCAAUACAAAAAAAGAAGUUCGAGGCUUUUUGGGGAGAUUAAAUUAUAUAUCUCGGUUCAUUUCUCAAUUAACUGACAAAUGUGAUCCAGUGUUCAAAUUACUUCGAAAGAACAAUCCUGAAGUCUGGAAUGAAGAAUGUCAAGAAACUUUGGAUAUUAUUAAGAAAUAUUUAUCCAAUGCCCCAAUUUUAGUAUCACCAAUGCCUGAUAGACCAUUAAUUCUCUACUUGACGGUCUUCGAAAAUUCGAUGGGAUGUGUACUAGGACAGCAUGAUGAAUCAGGAAGGAAAGAAAAAGCUAUUUAUUAUCUGAGCAAGAAAUUUACUGAUUGUGAAGUUCGAUAUCCACCAAUACAAAAAUUAUGUUGUGCUUUGGUGUGGGCUACUCGAAGACUCAGACAAUAUAUGUUAUACCAUACUACUUGGUUGAUAUCCAAACUUGAUCCUUUGAAAUUCUUAAUGGAAUCACCAGCUUUGACAGGCAGAAUGGCUAGAUGGCAGAUGUUAUUAUCUGAGUUUGAUAUUGUAUAUGUCAACCAAAAAGCGAUAAAAGGAAGUGUCAUAGCUGAUUUUCUGGCCAGUCGUGUAUCAAAUGAUUAUCAGCCUUUGAACUUCAAUUUUCCCGAUGAAGAUUUGUUGUGCAUAUCCAUGAAUGAAGAAGUCAGAACAAAUGAUGAAUUUGCAACUUGGAAGCUUUAUUUUGAUGGAGCAUCUAAUGCUUUGGGACGAGGAAUCGGGGCAGUGUUGAUUUCUCCAGAAAGUGUUUAUUAUCCCUUUACAAGUAGACUGGAGUUCUUUUGCACCAAUAACAUGGCGGAAUAUGAAGCUUGUGUCAUGGGAUUGAAAGCAGCUAUAGAAAGAAAAAUCAAAUUUCUCAAAAUAUAUGGAGAUUCAUCUUUAGUGGUGUAUCAAUUGCGAGGAGAAUGGGAAACAAAAGAUCCCAAAUUAUUGGAAUAUCGAAAUUUUACCCUCGAAUUAUUGAAAGAAUUUGAGAGGGUUACCUUCGAUUAUCUCCCUCGAGAAGAAAAUCAAAUGGCAGAUGCUUUGGCUACAUUAGCUUUACAGAAAGCUGUAACUGUUAUCGGCAUUGUUUUGUACUUGUUUGCUCUUGCAACCGCGGGGAAAUGA